AUGCCUGCUCCCCCCGUCACCAUCUACGUGACUUCGCUCACGUCGCAGCCCAAAGUGCGCAAGAACAUCGAUCUGCUGCACCGUGCGUUGACCGCACUCGAGAUCCCAUACGAGGCGUUCGACCUUGCUACCGACGAGGAUGCGAAGCGGCGGUGGCAGCGCACUAAGCCCACUGACCGGGUCGUCGGGCUUCCGGGUUACCUGGUUGGCGGGGAGUGGAUUGGAACAAUGGACGACUUUGAGGACGCGGUCGAGACAGGCCAGCUGGAAAAGUUCCUCAAGCAGGAUAUGGUGCUCGCGGACGUGUCGCAGACAAUCGGCGAGGCGGAGCUCGACCGUCUGAUGCGCGAGAUGACCGAUGAGGACCUCGAUCAGCUCGUUGGCGACCUGAGCGUCGAUGACCAGCCGCACGAGAGCACGGGCGGUCUCUUGGCCGGCAUCAAGAGCACGGUUGGCGACCUCGCGAGCGCAGCUGGCGCUUUCGCGGAGGAGGUGACAGGAGAAAGCGCGCUCGAGGCGCCGUCGUCACCCAAGGAAGGGCCAAAGCCGGGAGAGAAGACGCUCGACGAGGUGAUUGACGAGACUAUGGCCGAGGAGAAGAAGGAGUACGAGGAGGAGGAGAAGAAGGAGGAGGAGGAGAAGGAGCAGGAGGAGAAGAAGGAGCAGGAGGUAGACGUGGCUCAGGAGGCGCGCGCCAAGGCCGAGACGACGCUCAAGCUGGAUAACGAGCGUGAAGCCGAGCUCAUCCGCAAGAACGAGUAG